GCACAAUAGUACAGAGCCUUCUGUAUAGUGAAUCCAUAGAUAAGAGUAUAGUGUGAGUAGAUGUCCAUUCCAGUGAAGAAUGAAUAACUAGCAACGAAAAUACGGAAUUCUUGGGUUUGAGCUAUGUGAAUAAAACUCAUUAGGAUAUAUUGUACAGGAUAAAAGUCUGCAAAACACAAUGGAAUCCUGUAAAUAUCUAGAGAAAUCUUCAGGAUCUUCAAUAAUGUUCUUCUUGAUGAUACUGACGUAUGGCGUCAUGACUGUGAACGGCUGGGGAGCGACAUGUUCUCAGGGACCACCGGGACCACCUGGGCCUCCAGGACCAUCAGGACCUGCAGGUAGUCCAGGCGAUGGUGAAAUGCUAGAAUAUAACAACUGGAAACAGUGUGCCUGGUACUCGGCUAACGGAAAUGAUUAUGACACUAUUUACACCUGUACUUUUACAAAGAGAAAAAGUGACUCUGCUCUCUGGGUCUACUAUGGAGGCAACCUUCGUCUUUAUGGAUGUAGUGGAUGCUGUAAAAGAUGGUAUUUUACUUUCAAUGAUAAUGAAUGUUCACCUACACCUAUUGAUGGUAUAGUCUACCAAACAAACACGAACAACAUGAAUCUUCACAGACAUCGAAGCAUUUCUGGAUACUGUCACACGGUCGGAGCUGGAUCAGUCAAUGUGAAAUUUUUGGUAGGAGACUGCCCGGGAUUUGGGAACUACGAUGCAUACACAGGGUGGAACAGCGCAUCACGAAUCAUCAUCAAAGAGGUCCCUAAAUCAUCGUAUGGAUACUAGUUUGAUUAAUAAAGUUUGACAAUGAACUCGCAGAAAUGGAAGAGCAACAUUACUGCUGGUUUUAAUUGACCAAAGUCAGAUUAGAUUAGAUCGUGUGUUCCCAACAAGUUUCUUUUCAGCCCAUUGUAGGAUAUAAAAUCUGGAAAGAUUAUUCGGAUCGUGUGCUCCCAAAAUAUAUUUUUUUUUAUUUAACAGCUUCAUUAUCACAGACCCCCACCUACCAAGACCGAUGACAAGAAGAUAACUUUUUGUUUUUAAUUUUCUGAUUUGCUAUUCGGAAACAUGAUUCGUUUCUCGAUAUGUCGAAGGACAAUAGCUACAUGAUUGGGGUACGAACCCAUAUUGAUGCAUCUCGUCUAUUUGGAAUGUUGAAUCCACAGAAAAACUUACUAUUUCUGACAAUUAACCUGAGGAAAUAGGUUCGAAAAAAGCUACCUAUGAAUGAUAAUUUAUGGUCAAAUUGAUAAUUUUCAAAAAAUUAUUAAUUUGUCAUUCAGAUAAUAGUUUUGAUAUCUACUUCAGAUAUGGACAAAUUGUUUGGUGAUUUUCUGGUUAAAUCUGAGGUUGACGUGGUUGGUGUUUUUUUUUCUUCAUAAUUACAUGUUGAGUUAUGACUCAUUCUGAUAUUAUCGGAUUGUUAGAUUUCUUUUAUUUCAAAACUUUCAGGAAGUUAUUUUGUUAUUCUAAAAAAAUUGUAGAUUACAUUGAUUGUGUUUCAAUCAUUCUUUUCAUCGUUAUAGUAAAUAUAUCAUUGUUGGUAAUUCAUUCGUUCUUAAUUCUUUCUAGGUAUCUCGUUACGUCUGCAUGUCUGUUAUUGGUAGUAUACAGAUUUUGUUCAAUCACUUCAUAAGAUUAAAGAAUAAACAAAUUGUUGUCAUUAUUCAUG